UGACAUCUUGUUUUCAAUCGAUUUUGACGAGCCGGUUUUCUUAUCUUUGCACAAUAAUCAUAAUUAACGCGUAAUUUGAAAUAAUAUUAUUAUUUAAAUUAAUAAUUUGUUAAUAGCAAGAUGUCAUUUACAGUACUUUGUUCUUUCGCUUUAGCCUUCUAUGUUGUAAUAUGGUUUUUUGACGCCUUCUUCAAGAGUUGUAUGCACUACCCGUAUUACGCUUUCAUGGAAGGAACUGGACUUAAAGUUGGAAUUUUCAACUUUUCCUGGACCACUACAGCCUUCAACAGAUUCAUCUAUAGAUGGAGUAAAAACAUGUCCCGUAUUUUAAAGAAGUGGUUCAGCGUAGGAUAUGUGUUUACUGUGUGUUUAUUCCUGCCAUUUGCUAUAUGGACACUUAUGUCGUUCAUUAUUGAGCACUUCUAUGAUUCUAUACAAAUAAAUGGAAUGCCUGAAGUCAAGGCGAUGUUGCCAGGGGUAAAUAUACCUCUUUCUGACUUCUGGGUCUACUUCCUGUCUAUCGGGUUUUGCAGCAUAUUCCAUGAGCUCGGCCAUGCCAUGGCAGCUGCCCAAGAGGACGUACAGUUGAUAUCAGUUGGUGUGUAUGUUUUUACAAUCAUACCUAUAGCCUUUGUACAACUCAACACAGAACAUCUCAACAGCCUAGCAAUUGGUAAAAGACUGAGGAUUUAUUGUGCAGGAGUGUGGCAUAACAUUGCCACAGCAUUUGUUGCUUUGCUAUUGUUUUUCUCAGCACCAGUUUUGUUUAGUAUAGCUUACGAGACUGAUGUAGGAGUAAGAGUCACAGGGUUCACCGAUGAUUCCCCUCUGAAAGAUGUCAGAGGUUUAGAUAAGGAUGACAUAAUCAUGACUGUCAAUGGAUGUGACGUUAAAAAUAUAAAUGACUGGACGUACUGUCUACACAUGGCGCAUGAUCGAUUUGGAAUUUGCACAAGUGCUGAAUUUAUCGCUCAAAAUGAUGAGAUUAUGAUGGAAACAGUGAAAGAAAAUGAUGUAGUGGAAUGCUGCAGGAAAGAUGAUAUUUAUGGCUUUUGCUUUGAGUAUAUGGAACCCAAAACAGCAGACUCUGCCCUCCCAGGACAAUAUUCUUGCCUGAAGCCAAGAGACAUGAUUAAGAAGAAAUUCACUAAGUGUUCUGAAGGAGGAGGGUUCCUCUGUCCAAGAAACACCCAUUGCUUGAGGCCAUCCUUGAAUAACCACACAUACUUGCUCAUAGUUGAACGAAAAGAUAAUAAUCCUGUGCUCUACCUAGGACUACCCUAUGACUUGCACAAGACAGUUUUUGUUGAUCAAUAUUUUCCUAGACUGGCCAUAUUUUCUUUCUUUUCCCCAUCUCAAUUUGAGAAGCUUCUCAGGUACAUUUUCAUUUUUUCCAUGGGCAUUGGAUUUUUAAAUGUUAUACCUUGCUAUGGAACUGAUGGACAUCAUAUAGCAAGGAAUUUGAUUCAAAUGCUAGCUAAGUAUUUGAAUAAAAAUGGUGAUUUUGUUACAUUUUUCACUGUUUUUACAAUAGUUGUUGGAACUGGCAUUACUGGCCCAGUGCUGUUGUAUUUGUUUUAUAAAACAGUUUUUGUGGAUAAUUGAGACUCAAAUAGUGAGUGAGUUGGACAUACUGAAGCUAAUAAUUUGUAGGUAUUAAGAAUUCCUAUGAAAGUCUGAAGUCCGCCUAUGUAUGUUUUAAUACAUAACAGCGUGGGACUAAAAGUGAGCUUGGAGCUUCAUUAAUAAUUGUAAUGUAGUUGAUGUG